UUCAUUUAUUCAACAUUUUCUCGGAUUAUCAAAUUAAAAAAAAAAUCUACAGCAUGAUUUCACUUUUUCUACCUAAAUUAAUGUAAUAGCUUUAUAUACAAUCUAGCCUUCGAAUAUAUAAACGUGACAAACCAGUGAGACAUGAAUGCUUUUGCUACAGUUUAGCAAUAGUUUAAGUUAUUGUUAUUAUUACCGAAUAUAAAACAACAGUAAAACCAUGCAACAUAUUUACUAUGAUUUUACUAUUCAUCACGGUUUAACAGUGAUAAAAGGUAAAAAAACAAACCUUAAACCUCUGUAAGAACAUAGAGUACAGAAAAUCACAUCCUUACCAGCCUAAAAAGUAUUUUUAACUGUAACGACAUUUAACAUUACAGUUACAUGAGAUGAAAUUUAAGCUUGACACGGAAAAUCGGGAUAUCCCCUAGAUGAGAAAGCAGAGUGCAUGUGAGUGUGUUUUCGGCAGGAGGCGCAGCGUUUGCUCUCACUGUGUAAAAUGUCUGUCUCUGCUUGAGCCGUGUUUCUUCCUGCUCUGACGCUGGACUGCCCUCCACCAGAAACUAAAACAAAGAUGACAAGGCCGCUACUUUUGUGUAAGUGUCCGGAUCAGAGAGUCGCGGCAUAUCUCCAGACAUCAUAUUAGCACACAGGCCCGGCUGGUACCGGAGUGUCAACACGACCUAUUCCCGCCUGAAGUAGUCAGUCGGCGGUGGCAUGUCGCUGAGCUCAGGCGGGUGGACUCACACACCUCCGCCGGCCCAGUCUGCACCGUCUCAUGUCGGCCAGGAGGCCUCGCAGUCGGCCUGCAGCACCGUUUUGAUGUCGGUGAAGGUGUCAGUGUGCCACUCGGGCAUACGACCGCUUUGUCUCCCGGGGGCCGGAGACGAAUCCCUCCGUCUUCAGCUGAGCAUGGACCCAGGCAAGGCAGGGGAAUUCCGCCUUGCGUUACGGGACAUCAGCGGAGCCGCGGCUGGACGCAGCGUGUCCAUUGCUGAAUUUGACCUCAAGACUGUUUGCUAUGAAGUCAAGUCCACACAGUGCCAUGAACUGAGUUUGGCAACUCCGCCACAUGAUCGUAUCACUUUCAACUUCCGCUGUGAACAGGAAGCACAGGAGUGGGCUACUGUGGUAAUGUCAUCGCUCCGUGAGGCACAUAGAGUGGCAAUUAGUUCCUCCAGUGAAGAAAGACGACUACAUCCUCAGCCUCUAGAUACACAGAGCGAUCCGCCCAUGCCGCGUACAGAGGAGAUAUGUGCGGAGCUGGUUAGUGCAAUAGAGGCAGGUGAUGUUCGUUCGGCAUCUGUCUGUGCAUCGUCUUUAGCUAAACAGAGAGCUGCGCUGAGCAUUCAGCCAUCUAAACGAAAUUACACAGACACUGAAAUUAGCCUGGCUUUGGUGGUAGAGGAUGCAUCCUCUUCCUGUUGUGUCACAGUGAAAGUCUUCCCUCACUCCACAAUUGGUGCUCUCAAACAGCAGGUCUUCACAGACUAUGGUUUUCAUCCACGUGUGCAGCGCUGGGUCAUCGGCCAGUCUUUGUGCUCCGAUCACCGCUCUCUGGCUUCUUACGGAGUUCAGCGGGAUGGCGACACUGCGUUCCUCUAUCUCAUUUCUGCCCGUCAGGCUCGUCUCAGUCGAGGACUUUACCAACAAGAUCAGGAAAGUGCUUUGCUCAUGCCGGCUUUGGUGCCAACGACUAAUCAGCCCCAACAAGAAGCAGUUACCAAUGGGCCAGCACUGAACACAGCCUCAAGACCAUACAGCACCCUGCCUACAAGACUUCACAACAACCACAAUACCCUAAGUAACAGUACGGGAAGUACAGAGAGGUUGGGUUUGGGUGAUAUACGUGACCUCAUCAAUCUCGAGCUGCCACAGUUAAAUGAAGCCCUGAUGCCCAACAGAACAAGCACACAGCUGGGAUGGGCCUGCCCAACUUGUACAUAUAUUAAUAAACCAACACGUCCUGGCUGUGAAAUGUGUAGUGCAGACAGACCUGAAGGCUACACUGUUCCCGGCAACUACAGACCAGAUGCUCUGGAGCUAAGACGAAUUCAACAGGAAAAGGAAGCAGUAAGGCAGUACCAACAGGCCAGAGAAGCAGAGCGCAGGGAGAACUAUGCACGUCUGGUGCAGAUGGACGGACAGGAUCUGGUUCCUAACCCAGAGAGAGUGGAGUGCAGGAUCUGCUAUGUGGAGCUGGAGUCUGGCGAGGGAGUCCUGCUCCGAGAGUGUCUCCACUGCUUCUGCAAAGAGUGUCUGCGCUCUGUGAUUCUGAUGUCCGAGGAUCCUCAGGUGGCAUGUCCAUACAGAGACGAGGCCUACGCCUGCGACUGCAUCUUGCAGGAAAGAGAAAUCAGAGCUCUGGUGUCAGUAGAUGAUUAUGAGCGCUGGUUGCAGAGAGGUCUGUCCGUUGCAGAGUCUCGAUGUGAGGGCAGCUAUCACUGUGCUACAGCAGACUGUCCCGGCUGGUGUGUUUAUGAAGACACCGUCAACACUUUCCACUGCCCAGUGUGCAAAAAACACAACUGCCUGCUCUGCAAGGCCAUUCAUGAAGGGAUGAAUUGUAAGCAGUAUCAGGAUGAUCUAGCAGCCCGUGCCAUCAAUGACUCUGCAGCACGAAGAACCAGAGAUCUGCUGAAGACUCUUGUUAAUUCUGGAGAAGCAAUGCAUUGCCCUCAGUGUGGCAUCAUUGUGCAGAAGAAGGAGGGCUGUGAUUGGCUGCGCUGCACUGUCUGCCACACUGAGAUCUGCUGGGUCACCAGAGGACCACGCUGGGGGCCCAAAGGUCCUGGAGACACAAGUGGAGGCUGCCGCUGCAAUGUCAACAAACAGAGAUGUCACCCAAAAUGCCAGAACUGUCACUAAAGGGAAGAGCAGAGAGAGAGAGAGAGAGAGAGAGAGGAGGUAUGAGUGAGAGAGUGGAAAAGAGAGCGUCAUCUCAUGGCAGUUUAUGACAUUAUAUACAAUUUUGGCAGACACCAGGGUUUCCAGGUCUUCUCAAAACUGGCCCAGUUGUGCUCCAGGAUGUCAAAACCUGCUUCUAGGUCCCAACUUGAUUAAAAUCAUGUUUCAGGGGUGGCAGGGAAUUUUGCGGCCUGAAAAAAAAAAAACGGCAGCAUUAUGACAGUAGGUCAAUUCUGCAGACUUGGCAAGACUGACAGACAUACACUUGUGAGCUGACAUAUACUGUCCACCUGUAUUAGUUUUCAUGUUAGUUUUCUGAGCUUUUAACUGAAAUACAGACAUACGUAGUUCAGUUGAGCAAAAAAUUUUCAAUUGCACAUUUUAUGCAAGUAAAUCAUAAAGCAAUGGAAGGCACCAUGGGAAAUUCAGCCUAUUGGAUGACUGCUGUAUCAGUCCAGUCAGCAUCCUACUGCGUAAUUAUUUUGAAAGACCCAAAGAAAAGCUUUCCAUUUUCUCAACUGUAUGUUACAUAGCAAAUAUUACCUAUACUAUGGAAGUAUUUUAUUUCUGAUUGACUACAGAAAGGUGACAUUUGCGUUUGAAUGGCUUGUGAAUAUUCACACAGCUGCUGCAAAAUGUAAAACCACUUUAAACUGCAUGAGUAUUGCCUCGUUGUAGCUAUUGUGAGUUUAAAUAAUCUAAAUCACUUUGGUCAUUUGAUUUUAAUACAAAAUACAAACAUGGGAAUGCUUUAAGGCAUUUUUUAAUCUGAUCAAAUAAUCCCGGAAGGACAAAAAUAAAGCCAAAGAUAAUCUGAAGCUGCCGAAAAAAAAGGGAAUUAUUACAAUGCACUUGCACAAAUGCUUUUGUGUUUGUCUUGUCUUACUUUUAAAGUUAUACUACACUGUUACUGAAAGUGCCUUUUCUUGCCUGUUUGGUCACGUAACCAUUAACACGAGCAGUCAUUUUGAAGUGUUACAUUGCUAUUAUUUUGAAUACUGUAUGUUGUUGUUGUAGAUUUGUGAUCCAGGAUAAUUUAUGUGUGCCGUGUUUUCCCUUCACAUUUCCUAACAACCCAGAGACAUUGUAAUAAGUGCAUAUUUUGCACAUUAGUUCAGUCAGAUUAAUACAAUCCAAUCUAUUGCUUUAAGAUUCGAUUGUUUGUAAGUUGGAUGUGAUUGAUAUGUAGCCUAGUUAUUUAGUAUUGUUUUAAUGUUAAAUUGCAAUGCUAUGCUAAUUUAAGUAGCAGUUAUAGUCAAGAGCAGGGACCCGAGGCUUGUGUGGAAAACCUUCAAGACUGUUAAAAGCCAAAGGGACCCAUGUUGAUCCCAAAGCUUUGAAUCUAUGCACUGAGACGAAUGUCAGCACCCAAAGCAUCUACUUAUGCAUUGACAUUUUCAAAAAUGUUUUCAUGAGGUUUUUCUUUAGUUGACUAUUUUUAUUUGCACCCGAAAAAGUAGUGUUUUGUUUUAGUUUUUUUUGGAAUUUCCAAGCAUUUCUAUUGUUGUUGUGACUAAGAAUCCAGUGGAAUUAUGCAAUAUGUUUGUACAAUUUCAAUUUAAUUCUUUCUUGUGAUUUUAUGAAACUCACUAAUGUUCGUAUAUGUGCACUAUGAAGUUCAUGUAGUGUGUUUUUGCAUGUACCACAGAAGAAAACGAAUGACUGAAAAUGAAAAGGUCCCUGCACCUGCAGAAAUCUUACACUUUAAUUCAGGGUCGCAAGUCUUAAAAAGUGCCUUACGGAUUAUAGUACUGAGCACCUGUAUUGACAAUAUUUAAGCUUUUCUCAUUAUUAUGUACAUGUUUGGACUAAUUUAAUAUGCUUCACAUUUUGUUCUUAAAAAAAUAAAAAUAUAACCAAUCUGUA